AUGUCACCAUACUUUCGUGUUGCUUUAUCAAAUAAACAUGUUAUGAAAGAAGGGAAUUGGACUUAUUUGGAACAACCAAAUAUUUCCUCUUCUGCAUUUGAUGUUAUAUUGAAGUUCAUGUAUACCGGUAUCAUAUCUAUGGAAAAACGUGAUAGCGAAGAAAUUGUUGUCCUUUUAGAAACUGCACAAGAACUAGGGCUUUACGAGUUGGUCGACUUUUUAAAAGACCAUCUUAAUAAAAAUCAAGAAAAAAUAGUACAGAAAGAAACCGCGGACUCUAAAGUAUCAAAUGGAAAUCAUACGAACAGUUCUAGUGAGCUGCGAUCCAACAACAAACGGGGUCGAAUCCGACUUGUUGGAGCUGGGCCUGGCGAUCCAAAUUUAUUAACACGUGCCGCAUUUCAAGCCAUACACGAGGCAGAUAUAAUAUUAUCUGAUAAACUUGUACCCGACGAAGUACUAAAAUUGGUACCAUCACAAACUGAAAUAUUAAUAUCGCCAAAGAAGUUUUGUGCAGAUGCUAAUGCGGCCCAACAAGAACUUAAUCGUUUGGGUCUUAACGCGUUAAACCAAGGCAAAGAUGUCGUUAGACUAAAGCAGGGUGACCCAUUUUUAUUUGGACGUGGUGGUGAAGAAUUUCUUUUUUAUCGUUCUCAAGGUUACACUCCACAGGUUAUCCCUGGAAUUUCGUCUUGCAUGUCCGCUCCCUUGUUAGCCAACAUUCCCGUAACACAUAGAGGGGUAGCGUCACAAUUUUUAGUUUGUACGGGAAUGGGAAAACAGGGCACCUUACCCGAAAUUCCGUUAUAUCAUCCUUCUCGUACAACGGUAUUUUUAAUGGCAUGUCAUAGAAUUAAACAAAUAACACAGGAUUUGAUGAAUGAUGGUAAAUAUCCGCCAGAAUGUCCUUGCGCUGUUAUCGAAAGAGCAAGCUGUAAGGAUCAAAAUGUUAUACAAGGAACUAUUGGAACAAUUGCAGAAAUUUUGGAACAAAUUGGACAUAAACCACCGGGGACAUUAGUUAUCGGUUGGUCUUGUUUGACUUUGUCAUGA